ACAUUUGCUUUGAAAAUGGCUUUUGUUACUUUGUGUCACAAUUUUGGGAAGCGGUUUCUUGUGAACGGGAAGACAAAGGUGAAGGGAGGAAGGAAGAAGGGCUGGUUGGGUCAGCUGUGCGAAGUUCGGGAAGGUCCGCGACCACGGCGGUUUCGGGUAAACAGCUGUGUGAAGAGUGAUGAGCAUGUCCUGGAGGAACUGGAAACAGAAGGGGAGAGGCAGCUGAAAAGCCUCCUUCAACAUCAACUUGAUACUUCUGUCUCCAUUGAAGAAUGUGUCUCUAAGAAAGAGAGCUUUGCCCCUGGUACUAUGUACAAACCUUUUGGAAAGGAAGCAGCUGGAACUAUGACUUUGUCCCAGUUUCAGACACUACAUGAAAAGGACCAAGAAACUGCUUCUCUCAGGGAACUAGGACUCAAUGAAACAGAAAUCUUAAUCUGGAAGAGCCAUGUUUCAGGUGAAAAGAGGACAAGGCUGAGGGCAACUCCUGAAGCAAUACAGAACCGUCUUCAAGAUAUUGAAGAAAGAAUCUCUGAGCGUCAGCGUAUUCUUCGCCUGCCACAGAGAUUUUCAAAGAGCAAACAGCUGACCCGACGAGAAAUGGAAAUAGAAAAGUCUUUAUUUCAGGGAGCUGAUCGUCACUCCUUUCUUAAGGCUCUUUAUUAUCAAGCAUACCACAAAAAGCCAAGUGCAGACAAGUACAUGACCUCAAUGAAGAGGAAGAUAAAAUUAGGCACAAAAGAUGAACCCCCAAAGAAGAACAAAGGUGAUCCCAUGAACAACCUGGAAAGUUUUUACCAAGAGAUGAUAAUGAAAAAACGUCUUGAAGAGUUCCAACUUAUGAGAGGUGAACCCUUUGCUUCCCACUCACUGGUCUCAGCCACAUCAGUGGGUGAUAGUGACACAGCUGAGAACCCGUCACUACUCCAGGACAAGGGAAAACAGGCAGCACAGGGUAAAGGUCCCAGUCUCCAUGUGACAAAAGUUAUUGAUUUUUCACCUGAGCAGUGUUGGACUGGGCCUAAGAAGCUGACGCAGCCAAUAGAAUUUGUCCCAGAAGAUGAGAUCCAGAGAAAUCGUUUGUCAGAGGAAGAGAUCCGAAAAAUUCCUAUGUUUUCUUCAUAUAAUCCAGGGGAACCAAACAAGGUGUUAUACCUGAAGAAUCUUAGCCCCCGAGUGAGUGAAAGAGAUCUUGUGUCAUUAUUUGCUCGGUUCCAAGAGAAAAAGGGACCUCCGAUUCAAUUCCAAAUGAUGACUGGACGAAUGAGGGGACAGGCUUUCAUCACAUUUCCCAAUGAGGAGAUAGCACAGCAAGCAUUGCAUCUAGUAAAUGGAUAUAAACUGCAUGGGAAAAUAUUGGUGAUAGAGUUUGGAAAGAAUAAAAAACAACAGUCAGAUCUCCAGGCUGCUUCUUCCAUAUCAUCUACUACACAUAGUAGUACAGAAAUCAGUGGUAGCUAGGGAAAUACAUAUACACACACACACACACACACACACACACACACACACACACACACAUACAUAUACACAUACACAUAUGCAUACAUAUACAUAUACACACACACAUACACAUACAUAUACAUUCACACACACACACACAGUGGGCCCUAGGUAAUCUUUCUUACAUUAGACUCUUGGAGUAAAGAUUUGCAUAUACAUAGAAAUUUGUUUGGAGUUGAAGAGGAUAAAUUAACUGAGAGAGAAAAACAUUAAUUAGGACAAUGCUUUUCAGCUUUCUGAGAGAAUUAGUAGAAAACAUUUUUUAUAAUCAAAGACUCUCUAGGACCGAAAAUAUCCUGAGUAUUAAGGGUGAUAUACAAAGAGUAUUAUUUUUUAGGAUAAAUUACAUAGAAUUUUUCCUGAGGAUUUUUAUAAAACCUUUAUCAUUUUCUGGUGUUUUUAAUAUUUACCCCUAGAGAUAACAUUCUUUCCAGGACUGUCUCCUUUAUACAAAACUUUAAAAUGGAUUAAACAUUGAAAUACUUAUUUAUUAGAGUCCAUGUCUCAAACUUUUAUCUACCUAGUAAGUAAUAGAACAGGCCCUCAGGCCUAAGAUCAACAAACACUGUAAUGUCAGAAUUGUCAGCAGUAAUAGUAGGUAGUUUCAUAAGUCAAUUAUCAUAUUUAAUGAAUUCUUCCUAAGUUCUUAGAGUCUUCCAAAAGCUAUAUAUUUUUUCUAAUGAAAUCUUUUUAAACAAAAAUAUUGGUGUUCUCAUGGCCAUUUAAACUAGAUACAGUUGAGCAAUCCUUCACUUCAUCACAAUAAACACUGAGUGUCUAAUAUAUGUUAAAUAUAAGGUAUAUGAAUUUUACAAGAGGAACAUACUAGCAAAGAAUUCUAAAGGGAUAUGGAAAGAAAGAGUUCUCCAGAAGAGAAAUAACCUGUCUCAAAUCCCCUAGUUGUUUGUUUAUUGUUGCAGAAUAAUAGAAAGACAGUAUGGCAUUGAGGAAGUAGUACUAACUUAGGGAUCAAACCUGUGCACCUCACAGCCACAUUUACCACCCUGGACUUGACAAGUCACUUAAUGAGCCUCAGUUUUCUCAUCUAUAAAGUGAGGAUAAUAGUACUACUUAUCUCCUUUGGGUUGUGAGGAUUAGGUGAGAUAAUUCUGUCUAGGGUGAAGAACAGAAAUAAAAGAGAACUGAUAAAAUUGAAGAGUAUAGAACUCAACACCAUUAAGCACUCCAGUGUGGAAGUAAUGGUAGUGCUAGAAGAAAAAGAGAACGAAAGGGGGAGGAAAAAAGCAUUCCAAAAAAUAAUGUAUGUAAGUACUUCAAAUUUGUUGAGAAACAUUAAUUUAUGUAUUGCAGAACCUCAGCAAACCCUAAAUAGGACAAACAAAAGGAAAACUACAAACAAACACAUCCUAAUAAGUACUAAAAUCCAGAGACAUAAAAUCUUGACAGCAGCACAAAUAAAAUGAACUAUCACUUAUUAGGGAACCCCAGUAAGAUUAACAACUGACUUCUCAGCAGAAGCCAUGCUGGUAGCAAUUAGAUAACAUAUUCAAAGUACACAAAGGAAAUUAACUCUUGACCAGAAUCGUAUAUACAAAAAACCUAUUUUUUCAAAAAUGGAAGUGAAAUAAGACAUUUGCAUGUAACAACAACCAGAGAAUUUUUUGCGAACAAACCUCAUAGAAAAUAUUAAAGGAAGUUCUUCAGGUUGAAAGCAAGUAUCCUUAGACUUUUAUAUGAAUAUACACACAAAAGUUCAUCAACGAAGGUAAAUAUGUAAUUAUAGAAGGCAUUCUGCAUUCAUUUUCCUUUAUUAAUUUUAAAAACUGUUGUAUAAAGCAGUAUGUGUAUAGUUGCAUUGUUUUGUCUUUAGCAUAAAACAUGUUUGCCAAUAAUAGAACAAACAAGGUAGAUGGAAAUAACACUGUGUUAUUAAAGAAAAGACUCUAGAUCAUAGCUCAAAUCUACAGGAACAAAUUUUUAAAAAUAAGAGAGAAAAGAAGGGUAAUGUAAAAAAAAACUAUAAAUACAGACUUUCUUUUCUUCUCUUCAUUAAAACAUAGAAUUAUAUUAAGUAAUGAUUAUAAUUAUGUAUUAUCAGGUUUAUAAUGAGAAAACAAUAUGUAUGACAGUCAUACCACAAAAUGGGGGAAAGAAAUGGGUUUAUAUAGAACUAAUAUUUCUAUAUAUCACUGACAUUAACUUAAUAUAUAUCUUUAGCUGAUCCAGUUUAGUUAAGGUGUGUAUGAUAAGCCCUGGAACAACCACUGAGAAAAUAACUUUUUAAAAAAAUGAAAUAUUAUUACAUUUACAUGUCACAUUAGAAAAUAAUACAAAAAGCAAAAAGAGGAAAGGAGAAACAAAAGGUUGAGACAGAUAGGAAAAAAAACAACCAGUAAAAUGGAUUUUGUAAAUCCACCCACCAAUAGUAAUAAUAAAUGUGAAUGGAUUAAACAGUCUAAUCAAGAAAUGAAGAUUGUCAGACUAGGGAAAAAACAAGAUUCAAAACUUUGCUGUUUAUUAUAAGAGAUACACUUUAUAAAAGUUUGCACAGAAAAUUGUGUGAGUCACAAAUUUUUUUAAAUGAAGGAGAAAAUAUAACUACUGAGCUUUUAGAAAUAAUCCAUGUACCUAAAAACAGAACAUGAAAUAAAUGGGAGAAAUAGACAUUUAUUUAAAAAGUUGGAAUGUUUACUACCCCCAUUUUCAAUAAUAGAAGAACUAGACAGAUGAUCAAUAAGGAAAUAGAAGACUUGAACAAUAUGAUAAGCCAAAUAGAACUAAAAGACAUUUACAGAACAUUCCACACAACAGCAUCAGAAUACAUGGUCUUUUCAAGUGCAUAUGAAACAUUUCCAGAUAGAUCAUAAACAAAACCAUAAAACAAGCCUUAAUAAAUAUAAGUGGACUGAAAUCAUGUAAAGUAUGUCUCUGACCACAUGGAAUAGAAUUAGAAACUAGUAACAGAAACUGCAAUUUACAAAUAUGUGAAAAUUAGGCACACUUUUAAGUGACCAAUAGGUAAAAGAAGAAAUCACAAGGGAAAUUUUAGAAAAUUCUUUAAGAUAAAUGGAAAUGAAGACAACAUACCAAAACUUAUAGGAUACAGCUAAAGCAAAGCUUAGAGGGAAAAAUAUUAGAUAAAAAGUAAACCACAUGAAGGACAGAAAACUGUAGAUAAAAAUCAAUGAAACCAAACCAAAAGUUAGUUCAAUAAAAAAGAUUAACAAAACAAACCUUUUGCUAGAUGUAUCAGGAAAUAAAGGAGACUCAAAUUACUAGAAUCAAAAUUGAAGGAAAAAUAUUACUACUGACUUUGUAGAAAUAAAAAUUAUGAAGAAAUUCUAUGAACAAAUGCAUGUGAAUAAGUUAGCCUGGAUGAAAUGAACAAAUUUAUAGAAAAACCCUAACUACCAAAAAUAACUCAAAAAAGAAAAUCUGAACUACCCUAAUAACAAGUAAAUAGGUUAAAUUGAGUAAGGAAAAAAUACCCUCAAUGAAAAGCCCAGACCCACAUGACUUUUUAGGUGAAUGCUGCCAAGACUUUAAAGAAAAAUUAAUACAGUUUCCUCAUUAAACUCAUCCAAAAGGUAGAAGAGCAGGGAACACUUCUGACACAUACUAUUAACAUGGAAGAACCCUGAGGAUGUGCUCAGUAAAGGAAGCCAGUAAAAAAUGACUACAUAUUAUAUGAUUCCAUUUAUAUGAAGUGUCCAGAAUUGGCAAAUAUUUAGUAACAGAGGAUUAAUUGUGUUUUUGAGUCAAGGUGGGAGGGUAAGGAAUGGAAAAGGCUAGGUUUAGAGCUGAAGUAUAUGAGGUUUCUUUAGAGGUUCAUUAAAAUGUUCCAAAAUUGUGUCGAUUAUAGCACAACAUUAUGAAUUAUACUAAAAACUAUGAACCAUAUAAUGUGGGUUAAUUAUAUUAUGUAUGAAUUCUAUAUCAAUACAACUGUCACAAAAAUGUGAAGUGUGAUAUUACUCAAAUGUUCAUCAGUAGGUAAAUGUGUAAAUAACAUCUGGCACAUCCAUUUAAUGGAAUACUAUGCAGCCAUUUAAAUAUUGGACUAUAUCUAUGAAUAUAUUCUGACUCAUAUCCAGGGUUUUGUAUUAAGUUAAAACGUUAUAUGAAAAAAUAUGACUAGUGUUAUUAAAUUUUUAAGUAAAAGCAUUUAUAUAUAUGGUAUAUGUAUAUAGAUAUUUCAAAAUUAAUUUAGGAAAAGGCUGGGAAAUAUGUAUACCAAAUUAUAAACCUUUUGAAGGUAGAAUUGGACAGAGUGAAAGUAGGUUUCAGUUUCUAAAAUGUUUGAAAUGAUGUGAUUUGGAGUGAUUUUUACUUUUUUCAGUAUUUUUUAAAUUAAAAAAAAUUAAAUACUCUUGCAUUUACUUGGCUUCCAGCAUAUUUGUCAGACCUAUUCUAACAAUAUCAUCUGACUAUACUCAGGACAAACUUCUAUUCCUCUGAUAGACUGUUCACUUAGAAUUAACUCUCCAAUUUUAAAUAUAGUUUAAGGAAUAGGUAAUAAGUUAUCCAGGUAUAGCCUGUUACACAUGUUACCCAGGAACAUACUUCUCAGCUGAACUUUCCAAAAGGAACUGCUUCCUGUUGGGUGGAAAAUCUCACCUCUGCUCAUUACUAGACCUACAGUCCAUUAACAAUGGAGGAAAGUAAAUAUGGAGGAUAUAUUUCAACUGGUGCAUUGCUACAGAAACUGAUACAUCCAGACUAAGAAAUUCUAUGUGGCAAUAAAAACUAAUGAACCAUAUAUGCAACAACUUGAAUGAAACUUCAAUGCAUUUUGCUAAGUAGAAGAAUCCAAACUCAAAAGGCUACUACUGUUUGAUUUCAUUUGUAAAUUUUAUGGAAAAGGUAAAACAAAUAGGGAUAGUGGAAAAAUAACAAUGGAUAUCAGGGGACAAAGAUAGUAUUCCUUGACUACAAAGUGGUAACACAAUAAUGGAGAUUUUUUUUCUAUCUUGAUUGUUGUUGAAUGUGUGCAUUUGUCAAAAUUCAGAAUUGUAUGCCAAAAGAAUGAGUUUUGCCAUAUGUAAAUUUUUAAAUAAAUGUAAUUAUAAUGAAGGAAAAA